CCGCGUGCCGAAUUGCAAAAGAAAUGUCGGUAUCUUCGUCCACACAGGGAAAACAAGUUAAAUUUUACCCUUCCAGCUCGGCCAGCUCUGAUAGGUAAUUACCAAUCGCUGUGCUUAAAAGUGAACAAAUUUAUUUUAACAAAGUGAUCGGCGAACACAUAACUACAUACAUAUAUGGAUACAGUAUCUAAAUUCACUCUUGUUGUUUUUGUUUUAAUUGCUGUCACUGUGCAAGGCAGGCAUUCAGUGCGCAAUAAACGAUUCAGCGGCACAAUAGUAGAAUUUAUUAAUGAAAAGUAUAAAAAAUAAAUACAAUUUAAACAUAACUACCUUGACAAAAUCAUAUAAACAUGGUUUCCUGUUUCGCGUUAAUAAAACACUAAUCCUAUACAAAGAAACUGCAUCUACAUAAGUACAUAUACAUUUGUGCAAUCAGCCAGACUGGCAGACACAGAGUGCAACACGCGGCGGAUUAUUUUAGCUUCUGAUUCACUUUAAUCUGGAUAAAAUAAGACGCGUAAAAAAUUAAUUAGUGUGUAGAAAAAUUUGCCACAGUCGGUCGAAAAACGUAUGAAUUAGAUUAUAAUUUUGCAUUCAUAUAUACUGUACUGGCAAAAUAAAAUUUAAUUUUGCUCCAGCUUUUUGCUGUGCAGUGCAUAAGUGUUGGAUUGGUAUUCACUGCGUGCUUAAGUUUUUCUUUAAGACCGGUGAAUAUUCUAUAUUGUUGCGAGAUCGCUUGUUUUUUUGUCUCCUAGUUCUUAAAAAAUCAUGAGUGGAGAAGUGACUAUGCCACAUAAUGGAAUAUGCAAAAGUGAUAUCUUGAAGAAAAUUGACAGCGACACGGAGAUGCCCCUCAUCGAGCAGCCUGUUAAAAAACUACCUGAUGAUCGCUCAGACUUAACGGAGCAACUUUAUGUUGAUCCAAAUCUAUAUGUUGACAUUGGUAAUGGGGAUUAUUGUUGCCCCGCCUCACCUACCACUGUGCCCGGUCGAAUAGUGUCAUCAAAUUCAUUGGAGUCACCAGCACGUACCACUCCAUCACGACCGGCGCGCCGCCAACGCACUACUUCAGUGAAUAGUCAAUCGACCACCGCCAAUCCGGCAGAGUGCAUAAUCCGUGCCAAUAACCGUACUAUUUACACAGCUGGACGACCACCAUGGUACAAUUGUGCCGGGCAGCAAGUAGAACCAUUCGUUAUUGGAGUUUGCGGUGGCAGCGCAUCCGGUAAAACAACAGUUGCACAAAAAAUCAUCGAGAGCUUAAGCGUACCAUGGGUGACAUUGCUGUCCAUGGAUUGUUUCUACAAGAUAUUAACAGAGAAACAACAUGAACAGGCGUUAUUGAACGAAUACAAUUUCGAUCAUCCAGACGCAUUCGAUAUAGACUUAUUGGUGGAGGUGUUAACGAAACUAAAAGAGGGCCGCAUGGUGGAAGUGCCCAUAUAUAAUUUUGUAACACAUUCACGUGAAUCAAAGACUAAAACUAUGUAUGGCGCUAAUGUCAUAAUUUUUGAGGGUAUUUUAGCAUUUCACAGCCCAGAAAUACUUAAACUCUUAGAUAUGAAAGUAUUUGUAGACACUGAUGCAGAUAUACGUUUAGCAAGGCGUCUAAAGAGAGACAUUUCACAACGUGGGCGCGAUCUCAGUGGUGUACUUAAGCAGUAUUUAACCAUGGUGAAACCUUCUUAUGCCAAUUAUAUAGCGCCAACAAUGGCUCAUGCUGAUAUUAUCGUGCCACGCGGCGGCGAAAAUAAAGUAGCCAUACAUCUCAUCGUGCAACAUGUGCAUACACAAUUACAAUUGCGUGGCUUUAAGUUGCGUGAAACAUUAGUGAAUUCCUAUAAAGAUCAACCAAUGCCAGAGUCGCUACAUCUACUGCCACCAACACCACAAAUCAAAGGACUGCAUACUUUUAUACGUUGUCGUAGCACUUCGAGAGAUGAAUUCAUAUUCUAUUCUAAACGUCUUAUACGUCUGGUUAUUGAAUAUGCAUUAAGCCUUUUCCCAUUUAAAACAACGACUGUGGAAACACCCCAAGGCGUGCUCUACGAAGGAAAACGUAUGGGUUCUCGUAAAAUAUGUGGCGUAUCUAUAUUGCGUGCUGGCGAAACAAUGGAACAGGCUAUAUGUGAUGUUUGCAAAGAUAUACGUAUCGGCAAAAUUCUUAUUCAAACUAAUCGUAACACUGGUGAACCAGAGUUAUACUAUUUGCGAUUACCUAAAGAUAUCAAGGAUUACAAAGUCAUUCUAAUGGAUGCCACAGUGGCUACAGGUGCUGCUGCUAUGAUGGCUUUACGCGUAUUGCUUGAUCAUGAUGUACCAGAGGAGAAUAUAAUAUUAGCUUCUUUGUUGAUGGCCGAAAUCGGUGUUCAUUCGAUUGCGUAUGCUUUUCCAAAAGUAAAAAUUGUGACAUCUGCACUGGAUCCUGAAGUAAAUGAUAAGUUCUACGUGAUACCCGGUAUUGGUAAUUUCGGCGAUCGCUAUUUCGGUACUGAACCUUCUGAUGACUACCUUUAACUAUUUAGAUUUAAAAAAAUUAAUUUAAUAAAAUAAAGAAAAGUAAUUUGAAUGGAA